AACGGGAGCGGCCGGGGCUGCCCGUAGAACGCGGGGCGUAGGGAGCCGGGCUGGGCUUGCACGGGUCGUGGCUGUGCCGACGCCGUGGGGCCUCGGGCAGCGAGAAGGGCGAGGGUUGUCAGUCUGCCCCUAGCUAGGAGGGGGCAGCCGCGUCGCUGCAUGCCGGGCGCAGGAAGAGUUUGCCUUUCCCUGACCUCUCUUAGCUCUCUCCUACGGGCGCAGGCCAUUUUGCAAACUCUUCUAAGGGCUCAGAACCCCCUGCACCCUUCCGGCUGGAGCUGGGGCUGGGGGAAAAAAUCCCAUCCCUUCCUGGAGAGCUGGUCUGAGGAGGCCAGGGAAGCAGAUUGAAAUAGCAGUUCCAGUCAUUGCAUUGGAAUCCCUGGUAUGAGACAAGAAGAGAAGGCUUCGGUUACAGUGGGAUUACUGCUACAUUGUUAUCAUGAAGGCAGCCACAGCCACCAUACUUGUCCUAGCUACCUUCGCCCUGCUCUCUUCAGGGAAGAAGUUCAGAUGGUGCACGCUGUCUGACCUGGAGCAGAGGAAGUGUGCUGAGUUAUCUAAAGUACUCCUGGCUGUCGUACCUCUGGCUACAAUCAACUCCUUUGCUAGGGUUUCCUGUAUCAGAGCUCAAAAUACUCAUGACUGUAUCGACAAGAUCAGGGUGAAUAAAGCAGAUGCUGUCUCCUUGGAUGCUGGAGAUGUUUAUUCUGCUGUGAAGCUGUACGGCCUAACUGUGGUGGCAAAGGAGAUCUAUGAGGAAGGAAACUGCAUAUUUGCUGUGGCCAUUGCCAGACGAGGAACUUUGGACAUCCAGAAGUUAAGGGGGGUGCGUAGCUGCCACAAUGGAGCCAGAUGGACAUCAGGCUGGAACAUCCCACUGGGCUUCCUCCUGGCUAGGAAUGAGCUCCUCUGGGAUGAGGAUCAGCCUCUGAGCCAAGUGAUCAGUCAAUAUUUCAAUGCCAGCUGCAUCCCUGGUGUUGGCGUCACCUCUCCUCAGCUCUGUGCUCUCUGUCAAGGACCGAAAUCCUUCGUUAGGAACAAGAACCACUUCUGUGAGACCAGCAGCAGUGAGCCCUUCUACGACUCUGAGGGAGCCUUCAGGUGCUUGAAGAAUGGGGUAGCAGAUAUUGCUUUCCUAGAUCACUUAACGAUAAAGAAUAGCACAGAUUCAGAACAAGAGGAAUAUGAGCUCUUGUGUCCUGAUGGAUCCACAGCGAAGCUGAGUGCCUAUGGCACCUGUAACCUGGGUCGUGGGCCUGGGCGUGCCAUCAUCAGCCGCCACAACUUCCAGAAGAUCACCAAGAAAUUCCUCACCCUGAUCCAGCAUCUCUUUGGGCAGAAGGGAAAAGAAAGGGCCAAGUUUGAGCUCUUCACUUCAGUGCCAUUCAAGGGGAAGAACCUGCUGUUCCGCGAUGCCACUCAGCACCUGCAGCUGCUCAAGGACAAAGCAGAGAUCUCCCAUAUCCUUGGCCUGGACUACGUAGCCCUCUUGAAGGGACUAGGCCAUGAAGGGAGCUCACUGGACAACAGUGUGGUACGCUGGUGCUGCAUCAGCAAUGCUGAGCACCGCAAGUGUGAAGAGUGGGCCCUGAACAUCAAAUCUGACCCCCUGGUCUGCGUCCAAGCCGCUUCAAUGACCAACUGCAUUGAGCUGAUCAAGAGUAAUGAGGCCGAUGCAGCCACGCUGGAUGCCACGCAUGCCUACAUUGCAGGGAUGUGUGGGCUGGUCUCAGUAGCUGCAGAAUGUUAUGGAGAGGGGUGUGCCCCAGCUGCUGGGAGAACAAAGAAGCUGACCCACCUUGCAGAUAAAGCACUACCACCUGUCUACGCUGUAGCCCUGGCAAAGAAGAACGCCAGGCACAUAAAUAUUCAUAACCUGAGGAGACGGCGUUCCUGCCACAGUCACCUGUACAGUCCUGGGGGGUGGCUGCUCCUCUCCAGGUACACAGUGGGGGCUCUGGAGAACAACACUGUGAACUGUGAUAUCGGCUCUGCUUAUCAGAGUUACUUUUGGAAGGGUUGUAUGCCAGGAGCAGACAGGAACCUAUGCAAAGUCUGUAUUGGUAGUGGUGAGAUGGAAGGGGAGAAAGAGUCCAGCAGGUGUGCUGCGAAUCAUAAUGAACGCUACUAUGGAAACAUGGGUGCACUCAGGUGUCUAGUUGGCAGCCCCAGUGGAAGGAGCUUUGGGGACGUGGCUUUCCUGGAACAUCAUAACCUGCUCAAGAAUAUUGAGAGUCUGCAAAGCUCAGGUUGGGCUACAGGUUAUACCCUAAACGACUUUGAGCUGCUGUGUCUGGAUGGAAGGCGUGUCGCAGUCACAGACUGGGCAGACUGUAACCUCGGUCCUGUUCCUCCUAACAUAGUCAUGACUCGACCAGUGACUACCACCAAGAUCUAUGGCUUCCUGAUGAAAUCCCAGGAAACUCUGGAAACAAAUCUGGAUUCUAAGUUCCAUCUAUUUCACUCACAGAAGUAUGGAGAAAGUGAUCUGCUCUUUAAAGAUGCUACUCAGUAUCUUAUUCACACAAGUCACCUGGGCUAUCAGUCAAUUCUUGGAGAGCCCUUCUUUCAGCUGGCAGAAUCUGUGUUUAAUUGCACACAUGCAGACAUCUUAGAAUUCUGCAAACAGGAUAUCUGCACAUCUUAGAUAUGCAGACAUAUCUACAGACACACAACACAGAAGUUCCGCAAGACAUCCACCACUGCUGCCGAAGUUGAAAUCAAGAGAUGCCAAGAGGAUUUUCACCACUUGAGACUGGCUAUUUUCUGUUUCGUAAAAGCAAGACCGGCCUCGUUUAAAUACUGAAAUAACCCAAACCUUGCAAUUACCUUGUACCUACUAAUAUAUACACUUCCCCCAUUCCCCAUGACGACUACUGGGCUGGAGGUGCUGAUAAUGCUUCUCAAAUGUCACUCCCAUUUCCUAUCCAGAAGCGCUGCCUGUUACCUAUGUUCACUCUACUUGGUGUGGAGUAUGGCACCAUGCAGAGCAGUACAGAUCAGACAGCAAACCUUGAGACUGGGCCACUGGCAUCAGAAAAGCAGCACCAGCAAUUAAGAUCAAAACUCCUCAGUAUUUCCAGUUUAAACCCCACUCCGCACCCCUACAAUUCAGCAUCUUUAUAGGAAGGACAGGGGCCACGCUGUAGGCCACAUUGGGCCUAGGAAUUAUUCCUCCCUUUACAGACCAUGUACAUAACACAGGUUAGUGCCUCGUUCUCCUAACAUGUUUUAUUCAUACUACAUUUUCAUUUAAAAAAAUGUAUCUGAGGUAACUACAAAAUAAAUAUUACUUUAUUAAAUAUUAUAAUAUAUAAAUAUUACUUUUAUAUGCAUAGAUCUUGCUAUAGUUAGCCACUACAUACAACCUAUAUCUACCUUACAUCUACCACAGACAAGCAAUAAAUGUAUCCAUUUCUGCUAUGAAUAGGGAAGGGUUUAUUUCUCUUCUGUUUGUAUGACCAACCAAGAACGUGUACCAAAUGAAUCAAUAGAUUUUGCACUUAUCCCUUGGCAAAUUAACAAUCUAUAAUGAGUAAGUUUCUACCCUCAAAACCAAGUUCCUAUAUUCCUAAUAGGAGGUGGGAAUGCUGGGAAGGGAACAACAAUGGAGUUCACAUUCUUGUCCAAAAGAGCAGCACUUAACAAGGUAUUUCUCAUGACUGAGAAUAAUCUAAUUUGGGUUCAUCCAAACCUUAGGGAACCUUCUCACAAUGUAUACGGUUUAACUGUUUGCUUUUUACAAGAGGAGGUGCUGGAACACAGUGCAAGGUCUCUGAAAGAGAGUGGUGUCUUGUUCACAUUAACUUUAAGAACUCAGUUGCAACCUUGUGGAACUAUUGUACUUUACCAGGCAAGAGGCCCAUUCCUAGAACCAUUCUCUUAAUUAGUUAGAAUGGGCUGGGAGUGCUGCACAGGCAGUCUCAUUAGCCCCAGGUGCAGAGACCACCACCAUUCAGCAGGAUAUUGGCAAAACAAAUCCAAGCCAGUCCUCUUCAGACAGAUGAUGGGAAAUUUAAGUAGGGAUUGUGAGAGCAAGUUAGUUUCAUUACUUGUAAUUUUUUUUUCCCCAUGAUAGAGGGCAUCCCCUGGUCUGGACAUUACUUGUGGACAGGGAUCUGUGUUUUCUGCAACAUUUCAUCAAAUUCUGCAGCAAGAACUCCUAGAUCAGAUAACAAGAUUAACAUUUUGUUGCUAUGAAAUAGCCUUCAUUUUCAUCCCCUCCCAUUUCCACUGGGUUUAGAUUACCCUCAACUACCCAAGAGAGGAGGAGGAGUAAGAAGUGAAGGCAAGCCUGCUGCAUUAUCUGGAGAACAGCACAGGAUGUGAGGUCAUAGGAGCCAUGCCACUUAGCAUAGCAAAAAAAAAAAAAAAAAAAAAAAAAACACACAAAAGUUGAAAAUAAUCAUUGCUGAAAAUUUUUCACCAUUUUUGAUCACCGAGUAUUUGACUGUGAAGCAUUAGUCAAAAAUACUGAUGGAUAUAAAAUUUGUUGAUGAGAAUUUCAACAUUUUUGCUGUAUUCUCCAGAUGGCUUAGUUCCAUUUCUAGGCCUCUUUUCCUGUGAUGUUCUCCAGGUUGUCUCAUACAUUCUAGGGAAGAGAGAAGCUUGUAGCCAUCUCUGUCAGCUUGUGUUUCCCUGGCUGUUGUGCUGUUCUCCAAGCAGUCUCUCUGCUUCCAGCUCCCCUGUUCCCUGGCUCCAUUCUGCCUGGCUUGAUGAAACAGUGCAGGGAGCAUGCACUGUAAUCCAAUGCAUUUGCCCUCCUGGGGAAAGCUACCUAUAGCAGAGUCCCAAUAUGACAAGGAAACCAAAGGAAGUGCAUCUUGCUGCAGCAAAAAGGAGAAGUCUGUGGCAUCUUGGUGUCAUAUACUGCAGCCAUUGAAUUGCAGAGUACACAGGGUCAUGCUCCUGGGCUGGAUCUGUUCAUUCCACCAUAUUUAAUGCAAGUUUAGGCUUCCUCAUGCCCCCACUUCCUUCCUUUGAGUUCAUACACCAUCUACUGGACUGAUCCAGCACUGCACUUUGAACCCAGGAGGGGACUUCCACAGCUGAGUGUACAUAAACUAGUAGAAAAUAUUAGUAAGACAACUACAGAAUGUAGGAUUAAUACAAUUAAAAAGCAUAACAACUUCAACUACAAGUUUUGUUUUAUCAGCAACAUUUUUAUAUGUAGUUAGGGUCUGUUCAGAAUGCCAGACGUCCUUUGUUAUGAGAAAUGCAAAUCACAGAGGAAAAAAAAAAAUCAGUUUUCUGCAGGAAUGACUAGAUACAAAACUUUAGAACAAUAGAUCUCUUCUAUCAAAGUGAUUAAUUCUUAAUUUGAAGUCAUCAGCCUGGUUUCUUCCAAAUUAUAGUAUAUGAAGAGCAGGCCUAGUUAAUUGUUUCUAAUCUCUCGUGGGUUAUGAAUUCUGUCUGACUGUUCAGUGUCUCAUAGGCAGGAAUUUACAAUACCUUACUAGUUUGCAGAGAUUAACCUUGUCAUGCAACACUAACUGCUAUGUAUAGUGUAGUAGGCCUGUGUUUAAUACGCCAGUUCUCUCGCCACCUUCUUUGGUGCAGCAAAGCUAUAUAGAAGCAGUGGAAUUCAGGAGGAGCAGUGCAACACUCAGCAGCUACCCCAGCUAACCAGUGACUUCUUUGGCAUGUUGGUGCUUGCAACAUGUAGCCUCUGGUUUGGACAGGAGAGAGCAGAGGGAAAAAAAUGAAUCAGACAGGGACAGAAUACGGAAUUCAUGCAGCCCAUCCUGCACUUGCCAGUGUUGUUGGGUAGUUUAUAAACAGGAAAACAUUAGGACCAAGGACCUUAUCUGAGCACCUAGGUGGUGUUUGAAGAUUUGUUUUUCUGCACUGUACACAAGCCUGCAUGCAGUUUCUUCAUCUUAUGUGUGCGCAAAAUGUUACACAGUAGCCUAAACAGUUUCUAGCUAAAAAGAGAAGCAAUAUUUGCACUUCUAUUCAAGGAUUUCAAAACACUUUACAGACAAUGAAUUCAUUCUCACAGCUCCACUAAGAGACAGAUAUUAUCCUCCUUUCACAGGUGGGAAACCUGAACUAACUUAAGGCACAAAAUAAGAGUGGUAUUUGAGGGAUUAAAAACCCAAAAUCUUUAGUAAACAAUUGAAAGAUUCUCAAAAAAAAUUUAUUUCCAUAAAUUAAAAACACGCACACACAAGAAAAAAAAAAUCAGUGGAAUUUUAGAUUCACAAACUAUUAAACAGAAACUAAUCUGCAGAGGCAUAACAGAGGCUAAUGUUACAAAGAGAGUACAAAUUUCUGUUGAGCUAUUUAUUAACAUGAUAAUAUCAGACACACAUCUCAUUCAGGCAGUUAGCAUCCACUCUCAAGCGGAGUGACAUAUCUACCACACCACAGAACCCAACUCUGAAUAGGAUACAGUAAAUGAGAAUAGCUUGCCAAAAACCAUAUCCUGAAAGCAUCAGAACUCAAGUGUACACAGUCCUGGGGAUACAGGAUCACGAGAGCCCCCUCAAUAUGCAUCAAGUACCUUUUGCUGCUUGGUUUGCAGCUGGAUGAGAACAUUAAGCUUUGAUUUCAGUAAAGUAAAAAUCCCAUCCAUCCCCAGCCAACUACGUUUGUCAGAUGCUCAGUUUGCAUUGCUGGGCUCUUUCCUGAGAGGGUACAUGGGGACAACUCUGCAAAUUCUCGCUUUAAAUGCACUCUCAGUAAUUCAUAGAGCCACAUGUACAAGGUCUUUUCCAUACUACAAAAAAAAAUCCUCACUUGGGUGGCUCCAUUUUAGGAAAAGGCUUCCUUACGCUAGAGAAAAAUGUCAAUAUCCAAAAGUUUGCAUCCUCCACAUUUCUCUCAUAAAACGGGGACAAAAGCAGCUCAGAUUGGAGUUUAAGACACCCAAUCAUUGCACUAUUGUCCCUCACAGUAUAAGUUGCUGCCACAAACAAAAGUCAGAGCAAGGCUGCUGCUCCAGGAGCACUGCAAACAGGAACAGAAGUUGUGGAGAAGCACAAAAGCAUGAUUAAGGUUCGAGGACCUGAAGAGAGGGGGCAGGGGGUAUCUAGAUUAGCUUAUACCUUCAUUACACAGCUAUAAAAAAAAAAAAAAAAAACAACCCUUGAUCAUGAUAAUGCUGAAGUGCUAGAGUUUUCAAAAAUCCUGGGGAAUGUGGUAUGUUGGGGAAAUCACAGACCUGAACAGUUCCAGUGAUUGUAAGUGAAAUGGAGCUGAAUAUUUUCAUUGUGCCUCUCUCCGCUGUAGCAACAAAAAGAGCUUUCUGUGAAACGUUAUUUCAAAGUGACAAUAAACAAGGCUGAGAGGAAAGAAGCAGACAAAGAACAAAAAGGUAAAAACAAAUUAAAUGUUUCAAAGCACACGCUAAGCGGGCAGAACCCUGCUUGGACCUGAGUUUUCUCCCCACCCACCCAUUUCACAAACCCCCACUAAGGUUACAUCCGAACUCCACCAUAGAGCCAGAAGCUCCCUCAUUAGCAUUAAUUCCACAUCAGUAUUAAUUCAUUUUGUAAUAGUGUGUCAUGAAAUCCUACAUAGUGGCAUAAAAAGGAAAGCACAGUCGGUCAAUAUCUGUGCUGAUGUCAUGAAUGUAUGGGGAGUUUAAAAAACAUUUUAGAAGGCAAUAUCCACAGUACUGUGAUUAGUUAUUUUCAGGGAUCCCUUUCAUAAUAUGAUGAGGAUUGAUUAAGGUAUCAUUUAGUAACCUCAAUGGAUCAAAUGGACCUGUACAGCAGUAGCCAAAAUGCUAUGUCAAUAGGCCCAAAUUUUGCCUCCAUCAGCAUAAAACAACCAAAGCAGUAGUUUUCCUCAUUGUGUAAUGAUCAACCCCCAAAACAAGGGUGUAAACGGUGCAAGAAUCACAGCAAAUGAGCUGAUAACAAAACAAACCCAUAACAUUAUUCACUGAAGUCACACAGUGCAAUCAUCCAACAUUUGCUGCCUGUUCAAAGUUCUUGAAUUUAACAGGUGGCUUGUCAGUUUAAGUUCUCUGUCAGGUCAACAACAAAGCUGGCAGACCAGCAAAAAAGGUAGCGGGGUAUCCUCAACCCAUGUUUGGACUGGGUCAUAAAGCUCAUUCACGAGAUGUCUGACGUACACGCUGAUUUUGGAGCAACUUAAAUAGAAAGUUGCUGUAGGGGCACAUAGGUAAAAAAAAGUGCAAGUUGCAAGUGGCAGGGAAAAGAAACAAUGGAACUGUUAAACUUUGAGAAUGUCAGCAAUGACAGCAUCCCAUUAAGCUUUGCCUGAAUAACUGCUGUAGGCACUGAAGAACAGAAAUUACCUGAAUUGCAGCUUCAAGUAAGGAUCCCAGAGGGGAGCACUGGUCCCUCAAAAGUAUGGCUGAGAAACUACCCAGUGCUACUUCAAAUUACGAAAUGGCCUUAAGUUUUUCAAAACCAAACCAAACCACUUUCUAUACAUUAGGAGGCUUGAGUGAAUCUCUUUGUACAACACUAGCCAUUAAGUACAGCACUGCUGUAUAGUGAACCUCUAAUUAUAUAAGCUACGUGAAGCUCUAUCCCAAACUAGAAUUCUAAGUUAAAAUGGUAGAAAGAUGAGAUGGAGAAAAAUGUUCUUGGCUUGUUCAGAUCAAAUUAGUAUUCUUGUCAGAA